AUUGUGUCUAUUCGAUGAUCAUCAUCAACAUUGAUUGAAUGUCUAGAAUUUUGUUAUCAUCGCUAUUACUGUCAUCGUUUCGAAUUUCGAACUUUGCUGCUUGCCAUUAUUGUUCGGCAGCAACAAGCGUGAAUAGCAAUCAUAAAAUGUCAAACGAAUCGUCCAAAUAUUCGAUCGGUUAUGUGACAAUUUCGAAUGCCGAAAAGGCAAAAGAACUAGCAAUGAAAUUGGUUAAUGAAAACAAAGUUGCCUGUGUAAAUAUAGUACCGACAAUAACAUCAAUUUAUCGAUGGGAAAAUAAACUUGAAGUGGACGACGAAUCAUUGAUGAUAUUGAAAACACGAACCGAUGCUAUUGAUGAAUUGAUUCAAUUUAUUCGCCAAAAUCAUCCAUAUUCAGUGCCAGAAAUUAUAUUCACACCAAUUACAAACGGAAAUCCUGAUUACUUGAAAUGGAUUUCAUCUUCGGUCAAACUUUCCAAUGAACCAUGAACUAUGAAUCAAUCAAUUAAGCUUCGUUUAUCCAGCGAUGGUGGUGGCCGAUAAAAUUUGAAUGGAUAUUUU